AUGAGAGCCGCCACAGCCAAGACCAACGUGAUUGCGGGAGCCUCUGGGUAUAUUGGCCAAUCAGUCGUCAAGGAGAGUGUAAAACAAGGCUUCCAUACGGUAGCCCUCGUACGAGACAUUGAGAAGAUUCGGACUACACAAUACGAAGAAGUCUUCCGGGGAGCCACAGUCUUGCAAUGUGAUGUCACCAAUCCGCUAGAAGUCAAUCAGACGCUCCAAGAGAUUGCGGCAACGGCACCCUCUAAGUCGCUUGAAGCUGUCAUUUCCUGCCUGGCAUCACGCACAGGAAUCGAAAAGGAUGCCUACGCCAUUGACUACCAAGCAACUCUCAACUGCCUUCAAGGAGGAACUACUGCAGGAGCAAGGCAUUUCGUGCUUCUUUCCGCCUUUUGUCUCCGCAACCCCAAGCUCAAAUUCCAACAAGCAAAACUCAAGUUUGAAGACAAGCUGACCUCUCAGAAGGAUCUCACCUGGUCAAUUGUUCGACCCACGGCCUACUUCAAGUCUGUUUCGAGCCAAAUUGAGGUGGUGGCGUAUGAUGAGGCUCCGUACGUCAUGUUUGGAGAUGGUGAAGUAACAAAGUGCAAUCCCAUUGCCGAAUCAGAUUUGGCAAGGUACAUGAUUGAAUGCAUUUCGGACAAGACUCGACAAAACAGGAUUCUCAACGUCGGCGGUCCUGAUGACCCCAUCACCAUGAAGAUGCAAGGCCAAAUGAUCUUUGAUUUAGUCGGACGACAAGCGGAAUACGUCACUGCUCCCAUUUGGUUGUUUGAUGUCCUGAUCAAUUCACUACAGUUUUUGGCCGAUGUUUUCCAGUCAGAAUCCUUGGCGGACGCAGCUGAAACAGGGCGCAUUGGCAACUACUAUGCUGUCGAAGACAUGCUGACUACGGAGCCUGCGGAACAGUAUGGGACCAUUACACUGGGAGAGCAUUAUAGUCGACUGGUAGCCCAAGGACGGCCUGAUUAUGACCCAUAUGCUGAUGACGCCCUCAUUACCAGAAAGCAAGUGGCGAAUCUGAUGAAGGUUUUCUUGUAG